UUGUAUUGUUGAAUCCACAGUUUUCGACCCAAUUCAAUUCCCCGAUUGUACUCUGUAUAACUCUCGCUCUCUCCUCACUCCAUUGGUAAGAGACUAAAGAGAAGACUUUUUAUCUCCGCCGCAAUCGUCCGAUGUCGAUAUCUAUUCUCCACGAUGAACCAAUCACCGGAGAGCAGUCGGCGCCACCGAAGUGCCACACGGCGAGUCUAUCAACAAAGAUUCUUUCGAAAAUCCUCGCAUGUCUUAUCAUGAUCCCUGUAGCCGCAACCGCCUUGCUCUUCAUCCUCAUGUCUCUCAGCUUCUCUCUCUUCUUCUUCUCUCUCUACUGGUUUCUCCACCGCCACCGCCGUCGCGAAUCCUCAGAUGGGUUGUCGUCUCCCAGAUUCGUGAAGAGCCUUCCCCAGUUCAAGUUCUACGAGCCGACGGUGUACGGAAGCGAGUGCGUGGUCUGCAUCGAAGGGUUCAGACAAGGACAGUGGUGUCGGAAGUUGCCUGGAUGCGGACAUGUGUUUCACCGCAAGUGUGUGGACUUUUGGUUGGUGGAAGUCGGGACUUGUCCGAUUUGCAGGGACAGGGUUUAGAAUUUGUAAGAAGAUGGAGCCAAGAAGGUGAAAGUUUUGAUCGGACAAGAUGUAGAUUUGCCAAAUUCACCAUCCAAUGAGUGCUCCACUGAUUAUAGAAGAAGUAAUAACAAAAAGUGUGGUUAGUAUUAUAUACCAACGAUAUCAGCAUGCUCUUGGAUGAACAAUGGGUUUUAGAUAUGGAUGUUCUGAGUGUGCAAUCGGAUUUCGUUCAGAGUCAAUCCAGGUUUGGGUUUCCGGGAGCACAAUAUUAAGUGCUUUUUAGAUAUUAUAAAAGUUUGGUACGGUGUCAAUUUGGAUUUACUCUGGUUUGGUUCA